AAAAUGCUCAAGUAUUUCGGUCUCGUAUUUGCAAUAUUCCUGGUUAUCUGCAAUGCGGAACUGCCAGUGGAGGAGGUUGUCUACCCGAGAGUCCUAGAAGCCAGGGGCCUCAAUGGCGAGAAGAUGCUCUAUGUACGAGAUGGUCUUACCUUGAGCCUAGAGAAGAGCACAGUGUUCUCCGAAAACUUCGUUUUCAGCGAACAUGAUGGAGAGAAACAGUACGAUAGAACUGUGAGCGGCAAGGAUCUGGAAAACAAUUUGUAUCACAACAUAAAACAUGGCUCUUCUCUUCUUAUCGACGAAUCGAAUGGAAAAGUCCAAGUGAGAGGACUCCUAAGUGACCUGUUAUCAAUCGAACCGCUAUUAGCAGCUGAAGAAGCAGACAAUGGAGCCGUUGCUCACAAAAUAUCCAAAUUGGACAAGAGCCAAAUUCGGUUAGAUGAUUCCGUCAGAGAACUCAAUAUUCCGGAAGUGGAAGCUCAGUACAAUUACCACCAAGUGGGCCGAAGUCUAGAAAAUCUGCCAGAAGAAAUAAAGGUUGAAGUGCUGAUAAUAUCCGACCACGUUCAUAACGAGAAUAAAACAGAAAAGGAACUUAUCGACCACUUCUCCAUUCUUAUUAACCAGGUUAACCUCAAGUACAAGGAACUGACCAAGCCAAGUGUUCAGCUUGUCGUCGUUGGCAUCAUAAAAAGCAAGAGCGAACCCUACGCGAAAACGGAAUACAAUGAAGACCGCAAGGAAGUUUUGAUAGAUGUGUGCGGAACACUAGCACCUCUAACCUCACAUAUUUCACGCACAUUCGAACGAAAGUCUAUGGACGCUGUGUUAUUCGUCUCAGGGCUGAACCACGCGGGCAUUGCGCCAGUUUGCGCGAACCUUGGUUCCCUGUGCAGACGUAACCGUGUAUCCGCGCUAUCCCUUCGACAAGCAUCAGACGACUACUCAGCAAACCUCAUAGGACACGUAAUGGGACACAUGCUGGGAAUGGCGCACGAAUCCCAUGAACCCAUUUUCUCCACAACGGGAGUGAAGCGCAUCUGCCCCCCAGAAGAACGAGGAAUCCUGAUGGGGGGCAAGGGACCCCAUCAAUUUUCUGAAUGCGUCAAGGACCAAAUGCGGGGCUACCUUAUGACGCUACCAGCCACGUGCUUUGAGCAGACGGGAGGCAAGCCGAUCUUCUAAAAAGAAAGGAAUGUUACAAGAAGUCGGCAGAACACAAACGAUAUUACACUACACAUAUACGACACAAAGAUGGUUCCUUGUUCUUCACGUGCUCUUCGGUGAUCUCUCCUGUCACGCCCUAAAUUCUAUAUUUUUGUCGCCCUUGUGUGGCCAGCCGAUCCAAUAAACUUCGAUGGUGGCGGAA